AUGAGGGAGGAGCGGGUUCCCUUCCCGGGGGCGGCAGCGGCUGGUCGGCGGCAGCUCUGCUGGUGCGGGGGCGGCAAGAAAGACCGAGAGACCGCGACCGGAGCUCGCCGGCCACCGCCCGCAUCACCCGUCUCGCCUGCCCUCCGGACGGUCGCAGCCCUGCGGGUCUCGGCUCGGGACCCACCCCCGCCCCACCCCGCGCGCCUCUGCCGCCUCUUGCAGCGAGCCAGCUUGCCGAGCGGCCGUCGCUGCCGCUGCCGCCGCCGCCACCGCGCCAAGUUCCGGCCGCGGCCACCCUCCGCCGUCCAGGGCCCCUCUGCCUCGGCCCCGGGACCCCGGCUCCCCGCCAGCCCCGGCCCCGGCACCAUGUCGGAGAAGAGCGUGGAGGCAGCGGCCGAGCUGAGCGCCAAGGACCUGAAGGAAAAGAAGGAGAAAGUGGAGGAGAAGGCUGGCCGGAAAGAACGAAAGAAAGAAGUAGUGGAGGAGGAGGAGAACGGAGCCGAGGAGGAGGAAGAAGAAACUGCUGAGGACGGAGAGGAUGAUGAUGAAGGCGAUGAAGAAGAUGAGGAAGAGGAGGAGGAGGAGGACGAAGGCCCCGUGCGGAAGAGAACUGCUGAAGAGGAGGAUGAAGCUGAUCCCAAGAGGCAGAAGACAGAAAAUGGGGCUUCGGCAUGAGCCCCUGCCAGCGGGCUUGGGGAUGGGAGGCCCCUCAGGUCCUGGAGGUGGGGCAGGAACACACAAGUCCAGCCCCCCCUUCUCCUGGCUCCUUGCUCUGGCCCUGCCCCCAGAGCUGUGACCCUUGCCCUUCCACCCAGCCUCUCUCUUCCAUCUCUCCAGACACUGCUCCUGCACCCUCACUGCCAUCGGUCCAGCUCCUGACCCGCCUCAUCUGUGCUCCCCAACGGGCCUUCACUUUGCUCCCCUGCCUUGCCACACCAUCCCAUCUGUUCCAGUCCUUGCGAAACCUCUCCUCACCCUCUGCACCCCCAGCCUCUCAGCCUGCCCUUCUCUUUCCUGCCUGACCCCUGGGUCUCCCUCAGAUUCCCUCCUCUCAGACAGCGCCAGGCCGGGGUGGGGCCGGGGUUGGGGUCAAGCCCCGAUAGCUGCCCCCUCCCCUUUUUGUAUAAUUUAAUAAAGAAAUGGUCGCGCUUCUGUUUUUAA